GCGGCGGAGGGAUGUGGGGCUUUGCGGGAGGAAGGCUUUUCGGCAUCUUCUCGGCCCCAGUGCUGGUGGCGGUGGUGUGCUGCGCCCAGAGCGUGAACGAUCCUGGGAACAUGUCCUUUGUGAAGGAGACGGUGGACAAGCUGUUGAAAGGCUACGACAUUCGCCUAAGACCCGACUUCGGGGGUCCCCCGGUCUGCGUGGGGAUGAACAUCGACAUCGCCAGCAUAGACAUGGUUUCCGAAGUCAACAUGGAUUACACCUUGACCAUGUAUUUUCAACAAUACUGGAGAGAUAAAAGGCUCGCCUAUUCUGGGAUCCCUCUCAACCUCACGUUGGACAAUCGAGUGGCUGACCAGCUCUGGGUGCCUGACACAUAUUUCUUAAAUGACAAAAAGUCAUUUGUGCAUGGAGUGACAGUGAAGAACCGCAUGAUCCGCCUCCACCCCGAUGGGACGGUGCUCUACGGGCUCAGAAUCACCACAACCGCAGCAUGCAUGAUGGACCUGAGAAGAUACCCUUUGGAUGAGCAGAACUGCACUCUGGAGAUUGAAAGCUAUGGCUACACCACGGAUGACAUUGAAUUUUACUGGCGCGGUGGUGAUAAGGCUGUUACUGGAGUGGAGAGAAUUGAGCUCCCACAGUUCUCCAUCGUGGAGCAUCGUCUGGUCUCCAGGAAUGUUGUCUUUGCCACAGGUGCCUACCCUCGGCUCUCACUGAGCUUUCGGUUGAAGAGAAACAUCGGAUACUUCAUUCUCCAGACCUACAUGCCCUCUAUCCUAAUUACAAUUCUCUCAUGGGUAUCCUUCUGGAUCAAUUAUGAUGCAUCUGCGGCUAGAGUUGCCCUUGGGAUCACCACCGUGCUGACCAUGACGACCAUCAACACACAUCUUCGGGAGACGUUGCCCAAAAUCCCCUAUGUCAAAGCCAUUGACAUGUACCUCAUGGGCUGCUUUGUCUUUGUGUUUCUGGCCCUUCUGGAGUAUGCCUUUGUCAACUACAUUUUCUUUGGAAGAGGCCCUCAAAGGCAGAAGAAGCUUGCGGAAAAGACCGCCAAGGCAAAGAAUGACCGUUCAAAGGUAGAAAUGCACCUCCCAAAAGUGGAUGCUCAUGGAAAUAUUCUGUUAACAUCGCUAGAGGUUCACAAUGAAAUGAAUGAGGUCACAGGUGGCAUUGGUGAUACCAGGAAUUCAGCAAUAUCCUUUGACAACUCAGGAAUCCAGUACAGGAAACAGAGCAUGCCUCGGGAAGGGCAUGGGCGACACAUGGGGGACAGAAGCAUCCCGCACAAGAAGACCCAUCUACGGAGGAGGUCUUCACAGCUCAAAAUUAAAAUCCCUGAUCUAACCGAUGUGAAUGCCAUAGACAGAUGGUCCCGGAUCGUGUUUCCAUUCACUUUUUCUCUUUUCAACUUAGUUUACUGGCUGUACUAUGUUAACUGA